CAUAUUAUAUCUUGUAUCACAUAAAAAAUUAAAAGGAUACACAUAUAACAAUUAUUUCAUUUGUCAAGCAGAUGGGUUCAACAUCAGCCUCUGUGAAUGUUCCACUGGAAGCAAACCAAGAUGAUCAAUCUUUCCUAUUUGCAACGCAAUUGGCAUCUGCAUCUAUCUUGCCAAUGGUGUUGAAAACCGCCAUCGAGCUUGAUUUGCUUGAGACCAUUGCGAAAGCUGGUCCAGGUGGUUCGCUUUCAUCUUCUGAGCUGGUGGCUCAGCUUCCCAAGGUCGUUAACAACCCCGAAGCACCAGUGAUGGUGGACCGGAUUUGUAGACUACUGGCUAGCUAUUCUGUGCUCACUUGUACUCUCAAGGAGACUGCGGAUGGGUGUGCUGAGCGGUUCUAUGGUGUGGCUCCGGUGUGCAAGUUCUUCACCAAGAAUGAUAGUGGUAUUUCGUUAGCACCCUUGUUGCUCAUGAACCAGGACAAGGUUUUCAUGGAGAGCUGGUACUAUCUAAAAGACGCGGUUUUGGAUGGUGGAAUCGCUUUCAACAAAGCUUAUGGUAUGCCGUCAUUCGAAUACCUUGGCAAAGAUCAAAGAUUUAAUAAGGUUUUCAACAGUGCAAUGUUUAAUUGUUCCACCAUGACCAUGAAAAAGAUUGUAGAUUUGUAUGAUGGUUUUAGUGGUCUGAAAACCCUAGUUGAUGUUGGUGGUGGCACUGGUGCAAGCCUUAACAUGAUCAUCUCUAAACAUACUUCACUCAAGGGUAUAAACUUUGAUUUGCCACAUGUUAUUGAAGAUGCCACAACUUAUCAAGGUAUUGAGCAUGUUGGAGGAGAUAUGUUUGAAAAUGUACCGAAAGGAGAUGCUAUAUUUAUGAAGUGUAUACUUCAUGACUGGAGUGAUGCACAUUGCCUACAAGUUCUCAAGAAUUGCUACAAAUCAAUUCCGGAAAAUGGGAAAGUGAUUGUGGCUGAAUGCAUUCUUCCCGAAGAACUCGGCUCGACUCCAACUACCCAAAAUGUAAUACUCGUCGACGUGAUUAUGUUGGCUCACAGCCUGGGUGGCAAAGAGAGAACUGAGAAAGAAUUUGAGGCUUUAGCUAAAGAGGCGGGUUUCAAAGGUUUCAACAAGGUUGUGUGUGCUCUCAAUACAUGGGUUAUGGAAUUUUGCAAAUAGACUUCCAUUUAGAUAAUAAUAAUAAUAAUAAUAAUAAUAAUAAUAAUAAUAAUAAUAAUAAUAAUAAUAAGACAUCAAAUGUAAUUUACGGUGUUUUUUUAGUGAUAAUAAUACAUCUUCUGAGUUGUUUUUGCAAAAGGUUGUUUUCAUAUCUUGAACCUGUGAUGUACGGGUCACAUGACAACAAACCUUACUAUUACUCCUGAUUUGUAUAAACCAAUUACCAACCAAGUGAUUGUUGGCAACCAGACCCGGCUCUUGGGCCAGCCAAGCUGGGUAGGCACCCAAGGCCCAAAAAUAUUAGGGGCCGGUAGAUUUUAUAGGUUUAUUAUGUUACUUAUACAUAAAAGGCCCAAAUGCUGGAGAUUAAGGCCCAAGCACCGAAGAAAAGGCUCAAAGUCUGAUCGAUAGUUAACCCUUGUGUGUGGGGCCUGUACGCUCAAAAAAAGAAAAGAAAUUAAAUUUGCGUGAAUCAAUGAUCAUCUUGUACGCUAAAAACAAGACGACAGUUCAAUG